AAUGAGCCAAACAACUAAAUCAACAGAUUAUUCAAAGAAGAAACUAACAACAUCUUUGGAGAAUAAUCUUAAAUAUAAAGCAUUAACUAAAUGCGGAUUUAAGUUAAAACAGAAUCUUGGAAGUGGAAGUUAUGCAGUUGUAAAAGCAGGCUAUUAUGUACCGUGUAAUAAGGAGAUCGCCAUAAAGAUUAUUUCAAAGAGGAGAGCUCCAAUUGACUAUUUGGAAAAAUUUCUACCAAGAGAAUUAAGGGUGGUAGGUGCUUUAAGACAUCCGAAUAUAGUAACAUUUUAUCAAGCAAUUGAAACGGAGAAAAAAACUUAUUUAAUUAUGGAAAGGGCUAAUAAGGGAGAUCUGUUACACGAAAUUAGGCAAAGUAGGUUUGUCAGAGAACCACAAAGUGCUAUAUGGUUCUGGCAGUUAUUGGAUGGUAUGGACUACUGUCAUAGUCGUAAGGUGGCGCAUCGCGACAUAAAAUGCGAAAAUCUUCUUUUGGACGAUAAACGAAACAUAAAAAUUACAGAUUUUGGCUUUGCUAGAGCCGAAGUAGAUAAAAAGACUACACUUAGCGAAACGUACUGCGGUAGUUACGCUUAUGCUCCACCUGAAAUUCUCAUAGGACAACCAUACAAACCAUUAACAGCUGAUGUUUGGUCCAUGGGAGUCGUGUUAUAUAUAAUGGUUAUUGGAAGAUUACCAUUUGAUGACACUUGUCAUCAAACUCUCUUGAGAGAAGUUAAAAGAGGGCCACGUUUCCCAGAAAAAAGAGGCGAUUGUAAAGCGGAUUGUAAAGAAUUGAUAACGCAAAUUUUGGUAAAUCAUGAUAUGCGUCCUACUGUACUCGAAUUAAAGAGAGAUAAAUGGUUUCGUAGGCAAAUUCCUAUUAUUAAAGCUAGUUUGAAAGCAAAAACUAAAACUUAAAUCUAUGAAAAGUCACUAGUAAUAGAAUAAAAUUCUUUAAUUG